GAUGAUGAUGCUCCUUGCAAUGUCGAUGUUUCUGUUAAUGUAAAUCCAGUAGAAGUGCCAAUUUGUUCUACUGAUUAUCUCUAUUACAAGCAGAAUUUCCAACUUACAAUUUUUUCUGAUGUUUAAGGCCUUCAAGUAGAGGAAAAGUAUUUGAUCAAAUAUGUUCCCGUGGCACCAAUUUUGUGUUGAUUUUAAAUUUUGUUUCUUAAUAUUAUCUUAUAUCAUACUCCAACUAGGAUUGGUUUCAUUGACUAGACAAAUUCACAUAUCACACACACACACCCAAUGAACAUAUAUUGAUAUCCAUAAAUAAAGUCAAUGAAAGAGAUUAAUUAAUAUAUUGAAGAAUUCACGAACCUUAGCUAAACAUGCGGGCUCAAGAAUUUUUCCUUGGGUGAGAAAACUGUUUCCUAUUUGAUUUAACAAUAGUUGUCACUUUCUGUUGGAAUAAAUUAAUAAAAGUCAAUGAAAGAGAUGAAAAGAAAACAUUGAAUUAGCAGUGGAGCUUUUUAAAUCUUGUUUAGUCUCUGACUCUGUCUCUGCUGCACUCCAUUUGGAGAAGAAUUAUGAAUGGUGUUUACAAUCAAUGAAUCAACAAUGAUGAAAUGUUCAUCUCUCUUGAUUGUUUUACUACUCAAUUCCUUUGGAUUUUGCAAUGCAAAGUGCAGCCCUUCUGCGUGCGGUAUCAUCCCCCAUAUUAGCUCCCCUUUCCGCCUCAAGGGCGACCCCAAAAACUGCGGUAACCACAGAUUUGAGUUACGCUGCGAAAACAAUGUGACCUCCAUCUCUCUCAACUCUCAUAAAUACUAUGUGAAAGCCAUCAACUACCAUAACUCCACCAUCAGGCUGGUUGAUGCUUCCCUAAACAAUGAUGACAUCUGCUCUUUCCCCACCUAUUCCGCAUAUGACCAUAACUUCACCUAUGAUAAUCGUCAUCGUUUUCCUUACACAAUUCCGAGAAAUGUUUCUAGCGAUAUAUAUGAUGUUAUACCCUACCCUAUUAAUUUUGUUAGCUGCCCACACCCCCUGAAGAAUUAUUCCCUCGUUACAGAUUGUGCAUCAAAUCCCAGAUAUAGUUAUAUCAAGGUCGGCCACUUGAAUGCCUCAGAAUUACCACCUUUGUGCGGAGUAGAGGUGAUAGUGAUGACAUCCUGGCAGGAAUUUAAGGAUUUGAACAACGUUUCGCUUUUAGAAAUCCACCAAUCUCUCUUGUAUGGAUUUGAACUCACAGUGUGCCCCUGGUGUGGAAUAUCCUCGGCAUUCCCAGUGUGGGAGCUUCUCCCAAUUCUUGUGGUCAUUCUAGGUGUGUUGUGUGCAGCGGUAAGCCCUCCUGUAUUCACCAUCUUUGGAUUCGCAGCUGUAUCACUACUCUUAUAUCAUAUUUUAUCUCUAUUGGUCGGCGUGAUAUAUCCCCAGCCCGACAUAUUUUCCCCGCUGCUCGUUGAAGUAGUCACCAUUGACUUCAUCAUCUUGGCACCAAGGGUCAUCAUUUUUCCAAUCGUGUUGUGGCUUUUGAUCUACAAAUUCCGAAGAAGACAUUUGUCCAUGUAUAACACGCUAGAAUCAUUCCUCCAAAGUGACAACAAACUCACAACAAUCAGGUACUCAUACUCAAACAUAACGAAAAUGACCAGAGAUUUUCAAGAAAAACUAGGUGAAGGUGGCUAUGGGUCUGUUUACAAAGGAAAGCUCCGAAGUGGGCAUGAUGUUGCAGUCAAACUUCUCCGAAAAUUUGGAGCAAAUGACCAAGACUUUAUGAAUGAAAUAGCAACCAUUGGAAGGAUCCACCAUGUGAAUGUAGUGAACCUAGUUGGAUAUUGUGCACAAGGCUCCAAGCGUGCCCUUGUCUAUGAUUUCAUGCCCAACGGUUCCCUCGAAAAGUACCUCUUCAAUCCUGAAAAGAUGAACUCCUUAAAUUGGGACACAAAGUUUAAUAUUGCAGUUGGAAUAGCUCGAGGAAUUGAGUAUUUGCAUCGAGGGUGCGACAUCCAGAUUCUGCAUUUUGACAUCAAGCCUCAUAACAUACUCCUCAAUGAUAAGUUCAUCCCUAAAAUAUCUGAUUUUGGACUAGCAAAAUUUUGUUCCACGGAUAAGAAGACAGUGACAAUGACUGCUGCUAGAGGAACCAUAGGGUAUGUUGCUCCUGAAUUCAUCAGCAGGAGUAUUGGGGCAGUCUCUUACAAGGCUGAUGUAUAUAGUUUCGGGAUGCUAUUGAUGGAAAUGGUGGGCUUAAACAGAGACUUGAGAGGAAAAAAGGGCGGUUCCAGCCAGCAUUUUCCAUACUGGAUCUAUGACUCCUUUGAGAAAGGCAAGGAUAUUGAUUUUGAAAAAGACGAGAAAGAUGAUACGAGGAAGGUUGCUCGAAAGAUGACAAUAGUUGCACUAUGGUGCAUACAGAUGAGCCCAGAUGAUCGUCCAUCAAUGAGUAAAGUACUGCAAAUGUUGGAAGGUGAUGUUGAACGUCUGCAUGCUCCUAAUCAUCCAUGUGAAUCAUCGCAAAUUGUAAUGAAUUUUGAUCAAUCCGAAAUUACAUGUUCCUCUGAUUCUGUAUCCUUGCUGCGGCAUUAUGAUGCGUCGCUCUGUAUCGAGGUUGCUAUUCAAGAGUGAUGGACUGCAACAGUGCUCAAGUGCACUUUGUUUAAAGAUUCAAUCUAUGUAGAAGUAGGAAUGGCUACCAUUUUCUAAAUAGUGUAAUCUAAUUCGCAAGUUAGUUAUUGUACCUUGUUUAUGUGGUAUAUGACAAUCGACAAGUGAAUUAAUGUUCUUGGGUGUACCAUA